GUAAACAGACCGAGUGGGAGGGAAGACCUGUCGUUAUCCCUGAAGAAAGGACUUUCUUGGAUUUAUGUUUAAAUGGCGGCCACUGGCACAGGAGCUGGACUGCCUAAAAGAAAAAGGACAGACGAGCAGAAGAAAGCUAAACGGGAGUCUGAUAGAGCACGAGCUAAAACACGGGUAAACCUCGGCAUUGCAUUCGACCGAUGGAGAGAAUUAAGAGAAUUAAAAGGAAUGAAGUCAGAUCCGGAGUUGGCCCUCUUCCUUCUAGACAUAUAUAAGUCCACUGAGAAGAGACCACCACGUUCUGCUGCUUGUCUCAUAGGCCGAGCUGAAGUUAAAGUUGAAGAGGAAUGGGACAACAGCAACUCUGGGGAGACUUUUGCUCUACCAAUGGGUGCAAGUAUUGAAAUGGAAUGGGAUCCAAACGAGGAGACAGACUCCGCAUCGGAGGACGAUCAAAUGGGAUUAGAGGAACAUGAUGCUGAGUCGGAGGAAGAUGAUGCUGGGUUGGAAGAAGAUGAUGCUGGGUCGAGAGAAGAUCCAUCUGUGUCGGAGGAAGAUGAAAUAUCAGAAGAAGACGUGAACUACCACGAUGACAGUGAUGAUGAAGAUUAUCGUCCUCCUAUUAAUGUACAGCCAGGUGAUGGUUUAAACACAUCUGUGCACAAAUUCAGAGAUCCAUCAACAGCAGACAGGUGGCGGAAGCGUCAGUGUGAGGACGCUGAGGAGAAACUUGAGGCAACGAGCAGCAAAGCAGGAGAAGACAAUGAUGUUUGUGAACAAAUAAAUACAACAAAGACCAAAGAUAAUAGCACAGCAGCCCCAGGUGAACCUGUUGAUAAGCAAAACUCCCAUGAGAAGCCUUCCAAAAAGCCUCCAGAAAAUCCAGACCAACAGGAGAGGCCACCUAUACAAAAGAUCUACGAAUGUCCCACCUGUGGAAAAGUGUUUCCUCGCAGCGGUGCCCUGAGCCGUCACCGUGUGAUUCACUCUGGAGAUAGACCUUACAAGUGCUUCAUAUGUGCAAGAGGAUUUACUCAGAGUGGAAACCUCAAAACACACAUGAAAGUUCACAAAGGGGAGGUACCAGAGUGGACAUUAAUUCAAGAGGCCCCGAAGAAAUCUCCCAUAAAAGCUCAAGUUUGUGGAGACUGUGGGAUGGACUUCCCAGAUCAGCAACAGCUGCAAGAACAUCGAGAGAGUCACAAGUGGCCUUAUGAAUGUUUAGAAUGUGGCAAGUUUUACAAAAAUGAAGAUUAUUUUAAAGCACAUCAGCGCAUGCACGCAGGAGAAGUAAAUUUCAUCUGCUCAAAGUGUGGGAAGAGAUGGCCCACAAUGGCAUCACUCGUGACUCAUGAGUCAACGCACAAUAAAAAGACAAACUUCCGUUGUAAGCAGUGUGGGAAGGCAUAUUUAAGGCGCUCUGGCCUGAAACAACAUCUUAAAGCUCAUAUAGGAGAACUCAAAUAUCUGUGCACAGUCUGUGGGAAAAGAGUCGCCAGUGCACAUGCUCUUAAAGUUCAUGUGCGUGUUCACACUGGAGAGACGCCAUACACCUGUGAUAAAUGUGAGAAGGGUUUCUAUUACCGUCAGGGUCUUUUACAGCACCUUCAGACUCAUGACAAGAAGCCAAAACCACCAACGAAACCUUUAGGUAGACCAAAACAACUGCUGAUAGAGGUAAACAGUUAAGAAUGUCAUCUGGUGAAUGUAUAACAGUCUGAGCAGAUUCACAGGAGAAAAUAUUUCAACUGGUUUUAAAAAAAAAAAAAAAAAAAAAAAAAAAUCAGGCUUUCAAGGGACUGAAGCAAUGGACCAAACAACGUGAUACUCAUU